AAUGAUUUUCCAGAAAUUAUGGUUGCUUCUCAGUUCCAACUUGUCUCAGCUGUCUUUGCACGGCUAGAAGCGCAGGACUCAGCUAGUACUAUUGGUCUGUGGAGUCUAGAUCGAUUCCUCGCUCACUCUCUUCUUCUUUUUCGAGUUUUGAGAUUCCAAAUUUCAAUUAGAUGAGGCUCUUGCAGUUUGGUUUUUUAGUUGCUUUGGCAUCUGGCCUAUCGGCGAUCCUCAUCUAUAUCACCGGCGUCUCCUCCAAUCUAAAUGCGAUCCACCAGCUAUCGCAUGAAGAUGUAGAAGCAUUAGAAUCUCUGCAGAGUAGUUUCCGGAAGUGCGUGAAUGCAAAUGGAUUAGGUUUACGAGCUGUUAGUGGUAGCGAUCAUUGCCAAGUCAUAAUAAACUUUCCUAGUGACACUGUCCCUAAAUGGAGAGAUCCAAAAACUGGAGAACUUGAAGGAUUAUCGUUUGAAUUUAAUCUGUGUGAGGCUGUGGCUACGUGGGAACAGGUGCGGAAUAGCACUACUAUACUCACAAGGGAGUUCAUUGAUGCUCUACCAAAUGGAUGGGAGGACUAUGCAUGGCGCAGGAUUAAUAAGGGAAUACUUCUUAACCACUGUCAGAAUAAAACUUUAUGCAUGGAGAAACUAUCAUUGGUGCUCCCUGAAACACCACCAUAUGUUCCAAGACAGUUUGACCGAUGUGCCGUUAUUGGCAAUUCGGGUGAUCUUUUAAAGACAAGAUUUGGGAAGGAAAUAGAUGGUUAUGAUGCUGUUGUUAGAGAAAAUGGCGCCCCCAUACAGAACUAUACAGAGUAUGUUGGCAAGAAAAGUACAUUUCGUCUUCUUAACAGAGGAUCUGCCAAAGCCCUUGAUAAAGUUGUGGAGUUAGAUGAAACAAAGAAGGAGGCCCUGAUAAUCAAAACAACAAUACAUGACAUUAUGAACAAGAUGAUUCGGGAUGUUCCGAUAAACAAUCCCGUGUAUCUCAUGUUAGGUGCAUCCUUUGGGUCGGCAGCGAAGGGAACUGGCCUCAAGGCUCUUGAAUUUGCACUUUCUAUUUGUGAGUCUGUUGAUAUGUAUGGUUUUACUGUGGAUCCUGGAUACAAGGAAUGGACCAGAUAUUUCUCAGAGUCUCGACAAGGUCAUACUCCUCUGCAUGGAAGGGCUUAUUACCAGAUGAUGGAGUGUUUGGGUCUUAUUAAAAUCCAUUCUCCAAUGCGAGCUGAUGUGGACCAUGUUGUCCAAUGGGUACCAAGCUCAAGCACAAUUAGAGCUGCUAGAGUUGCGUCAGAGAAAUUGUUGAGGAGGGUUGGAGCAGGAUCUGUAGUCCCACUGGCCACAUGUUCCAUUAGAAAGAAGCAAAUUAAAAGGUCUACAGCUAUUUUAAAUCUCAGAAAAGCAGCUGUUGAUCAUCAAAAAUUUGUUAAAGGCACAACAAUGUAUCCUUUGGAGCAGAGUCUUGGACAUGGUCUGCUUUGCACAUUUCCAACAGAUUGAAACUGAGCUGUCUGGCAUUGAGCCAGCUGAUUGAUCAUUAAAUUAUUGUUUCAUGUGCACCACAUGAUAGCUACCAUCAGGGAGGUAGGCGUCUGAGAAUUAUCUUGGAAGCACAGAGAAUUGACCUGCACAUGUUGAAAAUUUUCUUGCUGAAUAACUUUGUAUACUCUUCUGGCUCUGUUUUGUUUCACAGAAUUUUGUUUUUUCAUAGUUAAAAGGCAAAUGUUGGUGAAGAAAUCAAUUUUUUUUCACAGAUUUCAAGUGUAGUUUAAUCAUUCUGAGUAACAGCAGUGUUGAUCAAAUUCACCUUGACGUUAGUGUUGCUGCAAA